ACAUGAAAACAAAUAUAAGUUAGAAAAUAAGUAAUAACAUAACCGUGUCCGCUGUAAAAUACCAGGAUUUAAUUUAUAACAACUACAAGUUGAAGAUGGAGCCUCUAGAUCCUGCCAAGACUGAUGAAACCGGUGGAUUCACCAAGAGGCGCAUUUCUUCUAUUUUGAAAGCACCACGGAAAUCAAUCAUAUUCCCUGACCCAGUGCAACAGGAAAAUGCGGUGAAAUGUGCCAAACCUGUGGAAAAGAGGAAUUCAAGAAGAGUCAGUUUUGCCGCUGCCAACAAUGUUCUUCUGUUUUCAGAGGAUGUGAACAAUGCCUCUCCUGCCCAAAGUCAAUUACAAGAGUUAAUGACAACAACAGCAGCAACCACACAAAAUAGGGUCCAGGUGGCAGUCACUGAAGAUGGGAUUCAACAAAUCACAGGAAUGGAGACCCUAUUGAAUGCUCCUCUACAUGCCUCUCAACAAAGGGAUAAGGUCAACUUUGACUCUGGGCAUGACUUCGGGGAGAAAACUGUGAUGUUUUCUACAGAUGAUGCAUUCAUGGACACGACCCACAGUCACACUAUAAACAUUGCCAACGGUGCAGAAUUACUUGCAGAUUUCCCGCAUCAAAACAGAACCGUUUUCUCCUCAAGUGGAGAAAAAACGAUGAUGUUCACUGCGGAUGAUGCAUCCAUGGAUAUGACCCAAAGCCAUACAGUAAACAUGAUCAGUGGGCCAGAAUCGCUAUCCACUGGCAGAAACGUGGAUAUCAGUCUUUCCUCGUCAGUGCCUGGUUUGGAUCCAGGAUUUAAAAACUUCCUUGCGAAUCUCUCAAAGCCCAGUGGAUCCGGUGUUAAUCCUCUGAUUGCUCGAAUGGUUCCGACCGCUGCAGCAACCGUUGACACAAACGUAUCCUCGUCAACGCAUAAUUUGGAUCCAGAAUUUAAAAACUUCCUCUCGAAUCUCUCAAAACCAAGUGAACCCAGUGUUAAUCCUGUGAUCACCAGAAUGACACCUACUGCCGGAGCCUCCUUUGACGCCACUGUGGAGACAAACAGCUCCCUGGCCAAGAUGAAAACACGGAGGUCUGAAGUGGAUAAAGAAAAUCAGGCUCCAACUUCUGUUUCAUCUAUUAUGGAGAAGUCAUUAAAUAAACCCAGGAAUAUUAGAGAAUCAUCCUUUGGAGGUGCACUCUGUCCUGAAGAUGAUAUAAGCAUGGACAUGACUGAAGCUCAGACAGGCCGCAUCGUGGGAUUCGCUGAUGAUGAUGAUCCUUUUCAGUGUCUUUUUCCCACACAAGAAAUGUACUCCCGCUCUGACAGAGGGUCAAAGUCAGCAGAGAACCUGAAGACCUCACAACAGCAGAGCAGUAAAACACAAGGAUCAUCUGACCCAAAAGCAGUCGUGACUGGAAAUAGGGUGCAGAAGGUGAUCACUGAAGAAGGGCAUCGACACACAGCUGAUAUGACGUCCUUGAAGAAUCCGUCUCUACGUGCUUCUCGUCAAAGCAUGUCAAAGGUCAACUUUGGCACAGAAGAUGAAUGCAGAGAGAAAACAAUAAGAUUCACAGCAGAUGAUGCGUUAAUGGACGUGACUCAGAGUCACACUGUUAACAUUGCCAGUGGUCUACUAGCUCCUUCAAACCAGAGUCUUGACGUAUUUCGCAGUUGUGGAAAAAUGGACCAUGCUUCAUCUUUGGAAGAGAGACAAGGUGCAACUGAGAAGGAUUUCAAUCCAGAAUUUAAAGACUUCCUCUCGAAUCUCUCAAAACCAAGUGAACCCAGUGUUAAUCCUGUGAUCACCAGAAUGACACCUACUGCCGGAGCCUCCUUUGACGCCACUGUGGAGACAAACAGCUCCCUGGCCAAGAUGAAAACACGGAGGUCUGAAGUGGAUAAAGAAAAUCAGGCUCCAACUUCUGUUUCAUCUAUUAUGGAGAAGUCACAGAAUAAACCCAAAAAUAUUAGAGAAUCAUCCUUUGGAGGUGCACUCUGUCCUGAAGAUGAUAUAAGCAUGGACAUGACUGAAGCUCAGACAGGCCGCAUCGUGGGAUUCGCUGAUGAUGAUGAUCCUUUUCAGUGUCUUUUUCCCACACAAGAAAUGUACUCCCGCUCUGACAGAGGGUCAAAGUCAGCAGAGAGCCUGAAGACCUCACAACAGCAGAGCAGUAAAACACAAGGAUCAUCUGACCUGAAGGCAGUCGUGACUGGAAAUAGGGUGCAGAAGGUGAUCACUGAAGAAGGGCGUCGACACACAGCUGAUAUGAUGUCCUUGAAGAAUCCGUCUCUACGUGCUUCUCGUCAAAGCAUGUCAAAGGUCAACUUUGGCACAGAAGAUGAAUGCAGAGAGAAAACAAUAAGAUUCACAGCAGAUGAUGCAUUAAUGGACGUGACUCAGAGUCACACUGUUAACAUUGCCAGCGGUCUAUUAGCUCCUCCAAGCCAGAGUUUUGACAUAUACUCCCUUGCAAGCCUUUCCAACCCAAUGGCUCCGACUGCUGUAGCAUCCUCCAAAGAAACUGUUGACACAAACAGCUCCCUGGCCCAGCUUAAAACACAGAGGGCUGAUCUUGGAAAAGAAACCAGGAGCAGUGGGGAAUCAUUUAAUGGAGGUACAAUCUGUCCUGAAGAUGACAUAAGCAUGGACAUGACAGAAGCUCAGACAGGCCGCAUUAUAGGAAUGAUGGGUACAGAUGACUCUCUGCAGUGUCUUUUCCCCACACAAGACACGUACCCACCAAGUGGUAAUUUGAAGAGGGCAGAGGCGACUUUGCAACAGCAGAGCAGUGAAGGAUUGGGAUCAUCCAACACUAAAGGUCUAGAAACCUCAUUGAAGGCUUCUUUAAAGACCAAGAUGCAAAGACAUCCGGUCAAGUUUGAUACUCAAGACAACGGCACAGAGAAAACAGUGAGGUUCACUGUAAAUGAUGCAGCAAUGGAUGUGACACAAAGUUACACUGUAAACAUUGUCACUGAUUUUGAACCACUGUCACACCAAAAUGUGGACUUUUUACCUACUGGCGGAGAGAAGACAAUGAGGUUCACUGCAAAUGAUGCCGCAAUGGAUGUGACACGAAGUCACACUAUAAACAUUGCCACUGAUUUGAAGCCACAAUUGGACCAAAAUGUGCAUUUUUUACCUGCUUGUGGAGAGAAGACAGUGAGGUUUACUGCAAAUGAUGCAGCGAUGGAUGUGACACAAAGUCACACUGUAAACAUUGCCACUGAUUUGGAACCGCUGUCACACCAAAAUGUGGACUUUUUACCUACUGGCGGAGAGAAGACAAUGAGGUUCACUGCAAAUGAUGCCGCAAUGGAUGUGACACGAAGUCACACUGUAAACAUUGCCACUGAUUUGGAACCGCUGUCACACCAAAAUGUGGACUUUUUACCUACUGGCGGAGAGAAGACAAUGAGGUUCACUGCAAAUGAUGCCGCAAUGGAUGUGACACGAAGUCACACUGUAAACAUUGCCACUGAUUUGGAGCCACAAUUGGACCAAAAUGUGCACUUUUUACCUGCUGGCAGAGAGAAGACAAUGAGGUUCACUGCAAAUGUUGCAGCAAUGGAUGUGACACGAAGUCACACUGUAAACAUUGCCACUGAUUUGGAACUGCAGUCACACCAAAAUGUGGACUUUUUACCUACUGGCGGAGAGAAGACAAUGAGGUUCACCACAAAUGAUGCAGCAAUGGAUGUGACACGAAGUCACACUGUAAACAUUGCCACUGAUUUGGUAUCAGAUUCUGUUCUUUCACAAAAACAAGGUCCUAACAUUUUAUCCACCUGCGGAAACAUGGAUUUUCCACCUGUGGAAACAACUGUAAAGAAGAGAGGUGAGACAUCAAGUUCACGAAGAAACAGAUCCUCAUCAGCACUCAGUUUGGAUCCAGGAUUUAAAAACGUACUGUCCAAGCAGAGUGGAUCCUGGGUUAAUCCUGUGAUCACCAAAGCAGUGGCAACAUCCUUUCAAGAAACUGUUGACACAAACGGCUUUCUGGGCCAGCAUAAAACACAGAAAGCUGGUGUGAACAAUGAAAACGAAGCUCCAGGUGGUGUUUCAGCUAUCAUGGAGAAGUCUGUAAAUAAAACCACAAAGAAAGGAGGAUCAUCUAAUGGGAAUUCAGACCAUACAGAGGACGAUGUAAGCAUAGAUAUCAUGGAGGCUCAAACAGGACGCAUUUUGGGAGAAACGUGUACAGAUGAACCGCCUCAAUGUCUUUCUUCCACACAAGACAGGUACGCCAGUUCUGACCGUUCGAAGAAAACUGAUAUAACUUUACAACGAAGCAAAGAAGCACUGGAACCAUCUAACCCUGAUGGUGGGGAAAUCACAAACCUUCCAGAUUCUCCUGACUCAAAUGAAACUAAGACCAGGAAAAAGCCUGAACUAAGAAAUGAAACUAGUCCUUUAUCACAGAAGUUGAAAAAUUCCCCCAGUGCAGUUGACCAUGAUGUUGAUGCCUUUCCUUCACGCAAGUCUAGACGAAUGAGUUUAGCUGAUCUCCAGUCAAAAGCAAGGCGUUUGAGCCACAUGAUAAAUACAUCUCCUGAUACUGUUGCCAUGGACAGCUGCACAGCACCUUUGCCUGAGUUGGACCACGACUUGGACAAAACCAAAACCAAAUCCCUGCCUGUUGUGGAGCCUGAACUUGAAAUGGGUUUGGCAAACACUGAAGGAAAUACACAAGCUCAAUGUCCUCCACAAGGAGAGCAAACAUCAACUACUACAACUCCUUUCAAACUGAAUACUAAACAUCUUGUGUCAAGACUCUCCAUGGGAGGCUUUAAGCCAAAACUCCCCCAAAGAAGCAAAACUGGCCAUCCAAAGAAGGUGGACUCAAGUCAUGUGAAUUCCAUGGGAGAACAUACAAGGACAAAAACCAUCAGUGCUCCCAAUCAACUGAGCAACUUGGACAAUGAUGUGAGUGAUAUUUAUGAUGAAGAGCUUGGUAGCUUUGAAGAUUUAUCAGAAACUCUGGUCACAAGGAGUCCUCAGAAAGUCACAGAAAAAGUGAGUCCCUCCCAAGAGAGCAACAUGGAUGAGGCUUUAGAGGAUGACGAAUUUGAAGAGGACUUUCUCAGUGCUGUUCAAGGAAAAAAGAGACCUUUGCCAGAAGAUGAAAAUAAUACGAAGGAUGAGAAGAGAAUAAAAGCAUCUGUUGAGACAAGCGUUGACAUUGUUGAAAUGGGAUUACAGUCUCAUGUUACGGAGUGUGAUGGUAACAUUACUACAGCUCCGAGCAUGACCACACAGACUAUGGAUUUCUCCAACAAUACUCACACAACCAACAGCAAAUGUGAAGCUACAUUUGAGUCCACUUUUAAACACAGCCUCUUUGAAUCCCAGCUUGAAGACUAUGCCAAUGAUGUACAGAAGAAACUGGAUGACGGCACCAUUACAACGUUAGAGUUCUUUAAACUCUUCAACAUAGACUUUGUCAUCCAUAAUCCUCGGCAAAGUGUCCUUCCUGGCAGACCCAACACGGAUCGUACACCAAUGGAUUUAUUGAAAGACAGACACAUUAUCCGUCCUAAACAGAUGGUCUAUGAGACAGACGUCCUGAACCUCACAGAACAGGUGGAAGGGUUAAAGGUCCGAAUGCGGGAUCUAGACAAACCUCUGAAGAUCAUUAAUAGACCUUUGUGGGAAGAGAUGAGAAAUUGUUCAGAGAAGGAGUUCAAAUCGUUUGGUGCAAAACUAAAAGAGAGAAACAACUUCUUCAGAAAGACCAGCAAAGUUCAGUCACAUGAAAUGAAGGAAAUCCUGUACACAAAUCUUGUUCAGGCUAAUCGGGAGGAGCAACAGAAGUUGAGAGGGACGAUUGAGGAGGCAGAUGAGAUGAUAAAAAGUCUGGAUAACUGCAUAAGUCAAUUAGAAACAGAACUUGCAGCAGUUGAAGAGAAAGGCACUGACGACAAACCAAGUCUGAAAUUGCUUCAAGAAGGAUUGAAGCAAAUCACAGAAACAAUGGCUGAUAACGAGCGACAAAUAGCUGAACUGGAGAUGCAGAAGAAGCAGAAUUCAAGUAAACUGAACAGGCUGAAAGCUGAGACGAGGAACUUUGAGAGCCACAUCGACAUGCUGCAUACGGUGAAUGAAUGGAGGUUUGGAGAGAAGAGAGGAAACUGCACUUUCUACACUCUCCUCCAUGAAACCUUGUAUCUGCAUUUGAUGUAUGAAAACUCCAAUGGAAAUGAUGCUGAUAAAGAGACUGAUCGCAAAAUAUCAGACAUCACUUUCAAAUUUCAACUUGAUGAUGAGAAGUCGCAGUGCCAUGCUCGCCUUGUUCACAAACUGGUCUCUCAGUACAUCGAAGGAGAAACUGCCUGGGUGGAGAAGUAUCCAACACAUGGACAUGUCCGAAUGCUGCUCCAUGAUGUGGGUUUGGUGGUGAGUCACUGUCGUCUGCUGGGAGAGGAGGUGCGUCUGCUGAAAAUGUGGGGCGGUCUCAGACUCGAUAUCCUGGACAUCAGCUGUGUGGACACUCAAGUACGGAUUGUCUUCAGCAGCCUCAAGAAAUUCUCCAAGUUUGAGGUUAUCUUCUCUGUCAGUUUGACCGGCUACUUCUAUGUCCUGCAAGUAGAGAGCUUCAAAAACAUCAUUGGAAGCACAACGAUCCAGCAGAUUGAAGAGAUUGUGGCAUCGUUCAGUCCAGCCCGGAACGUCUUGACGAAGACUGUCAAGAAGAUUCAUGAUAAUCUACUUCGUUGAGACCAGUAUGGAAUUAAGACUGAUUGUCCUCCAUCUCUCUUGUACAAUAUGGAUGUUUAAAAAUUAAUGUUGAUAGGCUUGUUGUGUGCCUCACUUUGUACAGUUUAUAAUCUUUACUCAUGUCUGUUUCUCAUCUAUUCACCUCUCUGAUUGCUUUCCAUUGCAAAUUAAUAUUAUCAUAUUUGCCCAAAUCUAAGACCAUAUUUAAUUUGAAGAUGACAUUUUUUAAAAAGAAAGUGCGUGUCGUCUUAUUUUGGAGGACUAGACAAUAGCGCGUUCACAAGAUCAGAGAUCCUUAUUGAAUGGAGAACGUAACAAUGGCUUAUACAGAGAGUGUUGCAUUAUGGGUUGUUUGGAGCCUUAGUGUUGCUAGGCUACUGAGUGUUUCCAAGUCUGUUUAUAGUGAGUCUGUUAGUCAGCGCUAAAAGUGUUUCAUUAGUCCAGUUUAUCCUGCAGAAGUUUCUGAAGGCUCGUGUUGAAAAUUUAAAAACUUAAAAUUCUAUUAAUCAACCUUUUGUUAUAAAAAAUAAAAUGAUGUACAGGUUCCAGAGUCU